AAAAAAAGUCACCAAAAAAAAGAUUUUUCAUUUCAUUUCAUUUCUGAUUGUCUUUCUCAGAAUCCCUAGAACACACACUGAUUAACGAAUCAAAGAUCGAUUUGGGGAUCAAUCGAGGAAGAAGAUGACGGAGGCGAUGAUAAGGAAGAAGCCAGGAAUGGCGAGUGUGAAGGAUAUGCCGUUGCUUCAGGAUGGUCCACCACCUGGUGGAUUCGCGCCGGUCCGAUAUGCUCGCCGGAUCUCCAACACGGGACCUAGCGCCAUGGCUAUUUUCCUUACCGUUUCCGGUGCUUUUGCUUGGGGCAUGUACCAAGUUGGUCAGGGCAACAAAAUCCGCAGGGCGUUGAAGGAAGAGAAGUACGCUGCACGUAGAGCAAUUCUACCGAUUCUUCAAGCUGAAGAAGAUGAAAGGUUUGUGUCUGAGUGGAAGAAGUAUCUAGAAUACGAGGCGGAUGUGAUGAAGGAUGUUCCUGGAUGGAAAGUCGGUGAAAACGUGUACAAUUCUGGUCGUUGGAUGCCUCCAGCUACCGGAGAGCUUCGUCCUGAUGUCUGUGAAAAUCAAAAGUGUGAAAUACAACGACGGUGGCGAGUAGCGACAGUUUUGAUCUGUUGCUUAGUUUCUUCUUUCCAGCUAUUGGCAAUGUCAUGAGCUACACUCAUUGCAUCGAACGAUGCACCUGAGAGUCCUCUUCCGGUGAAUCCCACCGCAUACAAUCCAGCCUUCCCUUUCCACCCUUUUGGAAAUGGGUUUUUCUCUAUCCCAAUCUCACCCAAGUCGUUUUCCUGCAUAACAAUAAAUCAAUCACCAAUCAACGUCUUAGUUUUUAUCAAACUUCCCAUAACUAUCAAUACCGGUAUUCUAUGGUCCUAUAAAAUGUUAUCUUUUGAGAC